AUGAGACUCUCCGCCGUCGCCUCCAUCGCCCUCCUGGGCUCCGCCCUCGCCGCACCCCAGGCCCCCAGCCAGUUCGAAGGCCCCGGCGGCGAGGGCCAGGCUCAAGCCCCUACCCCAACCGCAGGCGGUCUCCCAGCACCAUCCGGCAGCGCCCCGCCUCCGCCUCCCCCCGGCGCCUCGGGAAGCCCCCUCCCCAUCCCCUUCGCCAACAACGAAGCCCGCCAGGCGCCCCCGCCCCUCGAAUCCAGCGGCCCCGUACCCACCGGCCCCCCUCCGUCCGGCGGCCAAGGCUGGGCCGAGGGCGCCUCCGACCUUCCUCCCCCGCCACCUACGCCCAGCUCCCCUGUCGCCGUGAAGCGCCAGUUCGGUGGCGCGCCCGGCGGCGAAGUCGAGGGCCUGCCGACGCCCUCUGGACCCCCUCCGGGCCCUGCUCCUACUGGUUCUCCUUCUGGCGGCGAAGGGAAGGGUGAAGUGCCCCCUCCGGCACCGACUCCCAGCGGUCCUGUUGAGGGCGCGAAGCGCCAGUUUGCUGGCGAGGGUGCGCCGCCUCCGGGUGCUGAGGAGUUCCCGUCUGGUGCGCCGCCUGCGCCUAGUGGGGUGCCUAGUGGUGUUCCCUUCCAGGCGUAG